AUGUGUUUUAAUUAUUUUGAUUUCUAUCAAUUAUAUGAAACAUUUUUUUGUUUAAAUCAACGUUUUAACAAAUUAAUUCUAUAUGAUGCAAAAAUUCAUGUUGAUUUUGGUGCAAUUCCAAAUGGAAAAUUUUUAACAUUUUGUUUUAAUUUAAAUCAGUUAACAAAUACAAAUAAAAACUAUCCAUUAUCAAUUCAGGCUGAUAAUGAAUAUCAAUUUAAUAUAUUUUUCGAAGAUGAUUUAUUCAAAGAUAAAUUUUCUAAACUAAAAUCAUUAACAAUAAAUGAUAUAAAACUUGCAACAUUAAGCAACACAAUAUUUGACAAAAAGAUAAAAUUAUAUGAAACAUUAGAACGAUUAAGUUUAAUGGAAGAUAUCAGUGGAGAAAGCUAUGAAAUAGAAGAAUUAUGUAAUAAUUUAAUAUCAUCAAAAAUGAAAUCAUUAAAAUAUUUGAAUUUGAAUUUUGAAAUACAUGAGUGUGAAUGUGAACAUGAUGUGUACAAACGUGAAGAUUAUGUUGAUUUGAAUUUUGAAGAAUUAUCGAUAAGAAAAAACUCAUUAAAUAAUUUAGAAACAGUUAUUAUUGGUUAUAUUCCUAAAAAUGAUUGUGAUUUUUCAACAACAAGAAUAUCGUUUUAUUCAUUGGCUGAAAAGUUAUUACCUUGUCUACCAAAAUUAAAGAAUUUAAUUAUAAAUUCAGUUUAUUUAGAUUCAUAUGAUGAUCAAUACUAUCAACGUAAAAGAAUGCGUGUAAAGAUCAUGGAAAAUGCAAAUCCAGCAAGCAUGCUGAGACUUGAAUUGGAUCAAAAUGAAGCAAUAUCAUUAGAAUAUUUACAAUUGUAUUUCAAGGAAGCAAGUGGUCUAAAGUUUCAAGAUGUUUCAACAGGAGAAUGGAACACCGUAUUAUUCAAAAAUGGACACUUCUUAUUUAAUAGAGAUGAUGCUAAUGCAGAUACAAUGUUUGUUGUUCAUCGUCGAGUCGAUACAACAUUAACUCAACCAAAAACAACAACACUAGUGACAAUACCUGACCGUAGGAAUUCAACACCACCAAUAACAACAAGAAGAACCUGCAAAGCAUACAUCAAGUUAGCUGCUGAUUAUUUAUUAGGUUUUUGGUUUGCCAAUAGCAGUACUCCGUAUGAAAAAUUACAAUAA